CCUCCGCGCAUGCGCACCACCUCCCGAUUUAGCAGCUGUAUUUCCUGCUUGCUGUUUCCACUCGAAGCGAUGGCAGAAGUGAAAGCUUCCCUGUUUUGUGGAGCUCUCAUAGCUCCUGCUGGUGAAACCCGAGAGGAAGAAGAAGUGAGGCACAGUUAGCUGCUAACUAGGAUGCUUCAGCCAGCCAGUCAGCCAGUCAGUCAUUCAGUCAUGAGUUGUAGCUGCUGUCCUCAGUUCGGCGGUGUUCGCGUUUGUGGAGGAUCUAGAUGACACAUUCAAAGACACCAGGGUGAACGAUAUCUGGCUGGUUGAUUUCUAUGCACCCUGGUGCGGCUACUGUAAAAAACUUGAGCCGGUAUGGCACGACGUGGGAGUCGAGCUGAAGACCUCCGGGUCACCGGUCCGUGUUGGAAAGAUGGAUGCCACGGCUUACUCUGGAAUGGCGUCAGAGUUCGGUGUCCGAGGUUACCCAACAAUAAAACUGUUGAAGGGUGAUCUCGCUUACAAUUACAAGGGACCAAGGACAAAAGAUGACAUUGUUGAGUUUGCCAACAGGGUGGCAGGACCGGCAGUCCGAGCACUUCCCAGCAAGCAGAUGUUUGAGCACAUGCUGAAACGACACGACGUGCUUUUUGUGUACGUCGGCGGGGAGUCUCCCCUCAAAGAGAAGUACAACGACGUAGCCUCCGAGCUCAUUGUCUACACUUACUUCUUCUCCGCUUCAGAGGAAGUCUUUCCAGAGUCAGUAACUUUGCCGGAGCUUCCUGCGGUUGUAGUCUUUAAGGACGGCGGUUACUUUACCUACGAUGAGUAUGAAGACGCUAGUUUGUCAUCAUGGGUGAAUAAGGAGCGCUUCCAAGGAUACCUCCAGAUUGAUGGCUUUACGUUGUAUGAGCUCGGAGAAACAGGCAAAUUGGUGGUGAUUGCAGUCAUCGAUGAGAAGGACCCCAAAGAAGAGAGUGGCAGAUUAAAGACCUUGAUUCAGAGGGUGGCGAAGGAAUACAGAGAACUUUUUAACAGAGACUUCCAGUUUGGCCACAUGGAUGGGAAUGACUACAUUAACAGCCUCAUUAUGGGCGAGGUGACGGUGCCCUCUGUUAUCAUCCUCAACACAUCCAACGAGCAGUACUUCCUGCCCAGUGAGCCGAUUGAGACCAUGGAGCAGCUGGUCCAAUUCAUCAACGGCGUUUUGAACGGUUCCGCACAGGCGUAUGGAGGUGACGGCUUCAUUCAGAGGAUCAAACGCGUGGCCUUCGAUGCCAGAUCCACCAUUAUGUCAGUGUUCCGCAGCUCUCCGCUGCUGGGCUGCUUCCUGUUCGGCCUACCGCUGGGUGUAAUUAGCCUGAUGUGCUACGGCAUCUGCACGGCCGAGUCGGAUGACGGUUCGGAAGACAUCGACGCGCUCAAGAGGGAGGGCCUGACUGACGAGGAGGAGGAAGAGGAGGAGGAGUGUCAACGCACCGCCGAGCUGGAGGGCCCUGACGAGGAGGACGAGGCUGGCGAGAAGGAUCCCGAUGAGAAGAAAACCGAUUAACACAGGGGGCUCCCCAUCGGAUAGAGGAUGAUAGGCCUAGUCAAAUGCAGUGACAUGAAACUCAAAGACAUAUCAAUGUAUUACUGGUUCUGCUUCUUUGUCUUUCAUAUCACUUCUCCUCAAAGCCCCUCCAGCACAGACUAUUUCUCCCAUCUCUGAGUUCUGUGUGUCAGUUUGUAAGGUCAGCUGCUCAGCGAAGCCACUGGAUCACGUUUAAAAAAAAAAAACUAACAGCCGUUUUAAUGACGGAGUGUAAAGAAGAACGGCUGUGAACCAAACAUACCACUUAUUUAUUAUGAUUCGACCAAGCAGUGGUUCAUUCCCUGUGAUGUGUGACCCUUUCUCUGGCAUUGUUACGCUGAUGUUUUUGCAACCACUUAAAAGCCCCUUAUUAUAUCUAAUUUUUUUUUUUCUUUAAUUUUUCCUGUUCAUUAUGAUAAUCCUAGACUUGUAGAUACAGUAGAGAGUAGAUGAAUCUCGCCUUCACACUGAAUACAACAUAAUUACAGACAUUUUGUUUACCUUUUCCCCCCCAACCCAAAGUGUAAGGCUUAGUGAUUAAAAAGUGUAGAAAGCAAAAGAAGUGCCCAAGAAGGAAAAAUCUGCCAUAUUUUAUUUUUAUUUUUAUUUUUUUUAUUGUAUGUCAUUGCCUGAAAAAUAUUCUUCCUCCCUCUCCUCUAGGGAUGAAAAGUGCCGAGCAUUGUAACUUAUUACUCAUGCCAGCCACCUGUUAGUGUCCAUUUAUGCACAGAGCUGAUGAAAAAAGUUGAAAUGGUAAUUCACAUCAAUCUGUCAGACACUGGAAUAAGGCAAAUGCAUAUAUAUAUUUUUUUUUACUCGUUUCAACCCAACAUGUCCAACCAGCCAUAAAUUCUUGGUAUAGAAGGUGUGUACCUGUACAGCAGACACCUAUAACAUGCAUCAGUAGCUCCUGCGGCUUUUAACAACUCAUAUUCCUCAGAUACCCUGGCUCGGGUCUGUUUCCAUAUUUCAAUCUGUCCUCCAUCACUGGUUGCUAUAUUGAAUUCAGUAGGUAGGUUAAAGUUUACAUCCCGAUGCACUGAGAAGUAACCGGAGCGUAUAGAAUAUUAGGACCUUCUCCCUACUUAGUUUAUCACUCUUCCCUUCCUCCUGGUUUUUUUCUUCCCUUCUUUUUUUCUGUAAAGCUCACUGUUGUCAGAUUUCUAAAGGCACAGAAAUCCAUCUGUAUCCUAUUUUCAUACCCUUGUGACUAUAAAAAUAAAACAGCUGAGAUCAAGUUGGGGUUAUGGCUCCCUCUUGGACUCGGUGGCCAGCCUGUUCCACAAAAAGAGCAAGUGUUUCAAAAAAUCUGCUACAGCCGGUGUAAUACCAUUUUUAUGAAAAAUGCACAGCAGCGUCCGCCUUGUUGGAUUUUGGGGUCAGUGUCGCCUUUUCUGGCAAUAGGGCCAUGUUAAAGGUGCAGUAAGCAAUUCUGAAGAAAAAUGUGUAAUUGUUUAGUCUCCUUUCCAAAUCGUCAAAUACAGACACUUUGUGAAUGAGACUCAACAAUCAACUAUGUUUAAAAAGAGCAAUAUGUAAGAGUUUAAGUUGGGGAAAAAAAUUUGACAAAUGAUUAACAGAAUGUUAAAAAAAAAGCAUAUUUGACAUCAUGACUUAUCGUUUAGAGAUAUCUGCUGAACUUCGUAUGCCAACCAUUUAGCCCCGGCCUCCUUCAGUCCAUAGUUCCUGAGUUCCCAGUCCGGACCGCUAGUUGCGCGGCCAAGCAAGCUAACUAGCUUGUAACAAGCUGUAACAGCACCUACAGUAUGCAGCAGUUAGCGGGUGCCCUGAUAACAUGAUGCUCCUUUUUCUUCAGAGUAUUAAUGAAACAGCUUGAUAAUUCUUACACAUUGCACCUUUUUAAAUCAUCUGAAAACGUGUUUCAGAAGUUAGUGACAAAUGCGUAGUUACCACUCAGAUACUCAGGGUGUAAUCUUGACAUCUUUAUACCUAUACUGCCACUUCAACCCAGUGAGAAGAGCACAGACAAAACACAACUACUGUAUGAAAUCUGUUACAUAACCAGGAUGCUUCUACAUUUAGUGUAUGAAUGUUGAAACAUGUUGGACCUCAUUGCUUCGAGUAAGAAGCUGAUGAAUUAGUGAUGUUUUUACAUCUGGGGAAAUAUGCUGGUUCACUGUCUUGCCAAGAGUUGCAUGAGAAAGUUAGAAAUCAGUGUCAUGUCAGAAGCGCACGUGAAGCUAGUGCUACUAGCUGGUUAGCUUGGUACAGAUAAUGGAAAUGGCGGGAAACAGCUAGCCCAAAUCUUUCUUUAUUUCUUCUGUUGAGUCUUGUGGCGGUUGGCAUCCGCAUCAGCUGCCUUAACCCCAUGUGCUCAAUUGUAACAGCUUCACAAUCCAAACUAUUCAGUGUCCACCCAAAGGGAUCCCUUUCACAGCAAUAUCCAUCUAUCAAGACCUUUUUCAAAUAUGUCGUCUCAGUCCUUUCAGACGUCCAUGCAGAUAUUGUGAUCAGCUCAUUUCCCAACUGGAUUUACUUACAGAACUACUCGUCUACCGUUUUAUUUUAAAGUCUUUCAUGUGUCCUCGUCUCCAAUACUGCUCUCAGAUUCCUGCUCCGAUGCCAUUUCCACCAUCAUCUUCCCAUAGUUUGCUGCCUGCCCUGCUUUCUCAAAAGAUUUUCAAAAUCUACCAGCCAGAAACUCUAGUUUUAUUCACCUUACAGUAAGCCAGGAUAGCUGUUUCCCCCAUGGAUCUAACAAUCCAAAUACGGAUACAGUGUUGGAGACGGAGCUCUUUUCGGCCCUCAGCAGUGCAUGAAGCCAAAGAAGUUUGACUUCGAGGAUAUAAAAUUGCCUGGCUCUUCUGUGUAGAGCCUGUGCGCUAGAGACUUCCCCUGACCGAGCCAGCUACCUUCCUGUUGGAAUAGGAAUUAAAUGAUUGUAUCGUGCGCUUCUUUUAGACUUUCCAAAUGUUCACAAACUGAACGGCUUAAAUUAUGAUGGUGAAACGGCUAAACAGUUGAGAUUUGCGCCUAUCUUCAAAUCUAACUCUUGGCAAGGAAGUAAACAAGCAUUCUUCCUCAAAUGUCGAGCUGUUCCUUUUAGAGGGACACACUGGAUCAUUUGCUCUGCAUUUGUUUUACAUUAAUCAUCUGAAACGUUAACUGCAUUAUGUUUAACGCACAGAGCUGCAAAGCAAUUAUAAGUCUGAAAUGAGCAAUGAAAGCCUCUUUAACAGGCUCCUUCUCAAGAGGACUUCAACACGCAGUGAUGAACGAGCAUUAAGUUCAUUCUCGACCUUGGGAAUGGUGGUAUGAGCAGUUCAGUAAUCUGAACUCCAAGUCCACAACCUGACUUUUUUAUGUGACAACUGAGCAAACUGUUAAGCGGGACUUGAAUUACGAUGAUAUAUUCAAAUGGUACUGAAUGUUUUGAGAUGCUAUUAUUGUGCGAAGGUAAUCCCUGAUCCUUUCACCCCCCAUUCUGUGACCCUUUUUAAGAAGUGUAGCUGAGUAAUGAGAUGGCUACCAAAGGUUUGUUGUUCAUCAUUGCUCAUUUCAUCGUGCUUUCUAAAGCGCAGUAAAUCUUGAUCGACUUAGGCACCUCAACCUAAGCACACCUGUUGUUUUUAAAUAUACAGAGGUUAUCUGUACGAUUACUGUGAAACUGCACUAAAAGAAAACCAUGCCCUCGCCUUGCCUUCUGGUCUUUGUAGUUGCCUACCAUUCUCUGCCAAACUUCCUCUUUGGGUUUGAAUUGAGAUUGUCACACUUUAUUACAGGUUUGAAAGAUUGAAAUAAAGAUUGUCCUCUUUUUUUUUU